AUGUCUUCGGAAAAGGGCAAGGAGAAGGCACACUCGCCAUCUUCGGCACAACACCUCUCCCUCUCCUCCGGCGCACCGCAGACGCAUCCGUGUUUCGCGCACGACGUGGACUUGACGAGCGCGAUGCAGCCACAGCGCCGUGUCCCUCUCGUGCACGGCGACACGUUCGUGUGCACGGGCGGCGUGGAUGUGCCACGACUGCUGCGGGCGUCCCGCGCGAGUCUGCUAGACAAGGCAUCGCUGUUGGGCGCGAACGUGCUCGUGGACGAAAGUUGGACAUGUACGAUACGGCAGCCCAAGAUGCGGCGGGAUGGGACGUACCGCGUGCAGGUACGAUACAACGCCUCCGCCUCGCGCUCCAAUACCACCCCAGACCCGCAAAGACCCGUCGCACUCGACAAGGCCAAGAGCGUGCCAGGGCUGAUGACCAUCCUCCAGCGCGAAGAGUUCAACCCCUGA